AUGACCAAUAUACCAUUAUAUGGUCGUUUAAAACAACGCAAUUCUUCAUUCGAUGAUGAUGAAUUUGAAUUACCAGAAUUGAGACCAAAUUCAUUAGAUGAUUCUGAAGAAACUUUAUAUAAUAAAAAUCAAAAUAGCGCUGCCGACAUUGAUGAUUUUAAUGAUGAUGCAUAUCUUUUGUCUCACGACAAAUCGGAGAAUGAAAAUUCCACAAUACCAAUGGUCGCUGCGGCCGUUAGUAUUAAAGAUGAUCCUUCUCUACCAUGUCUAACUUUUCGUUUUUGGGUUCUAAGUUUCAUAUUUACCACACUUGGAGCUGCUGUAUCUGAAUUUUAUUAUUUCAGAUCAAAUGGUGGUGGAUACUCUAUUUUUUUCGUGCUGCUCGUUUCUUUUGUCAUGGGUAAAUGGAUGGCUCAUGUACUUCCUAUAGAUGAAUUUAGGAUAUGGAACUGGAGAUUUACAUUAAAUCCAGGUCCAUUUAAUAUAAAGGAACAUGUGCUAAUCGCUGUUGCUGCAGGAGCCGGAGGUGGCUCAGCUUAUGGCACCGAUAUAAUAGCCAUACAAGAACUUUUCUAUAAUCAGCAUUCUGGAUUUAUAAUAGGAAUAUUGCUUUUAUUAAGCACACAAAUGAUUGGAUAUGGAUUGGCCGGAUUCUUACGAAAAUAUCUUGUCCGACCAGCAAACAUGUUGUGGCCAUCAAAUUUAGUGUUUUCGAGUCUUUUCUCGACGCUUCACGGAAAUGUGACAGAUACGCGCGAUAAGCUUAGAUUCUUCUAUAUAGCAUUCAUUUGCAUGUUUAUAUGGCAAUUUUUUCCUCAAUACAUAUUUACUAUGUUGACGAGUAUAUCGAUAUUAUGUCUGAUGGUGCCUUUUAAUUCAGAUAUUGUUCGCUUUGGUAGCGGAUAUCAUGGAUUGGGGAUAUUGAAUAUUUCUUUAGAUUGGAAUGCAAUUGGACAACCAGGUCCACUUUACACUCCAUGGUGGGCACAAGUUAAUUGGUUUGCCGGUGUGAUUAUUGGGUCAUGGAUCAUCGCACCGAUUUUGUAUUAUAAUGAUGUUUGGAUGGCGAAAACGUUUCCUUUUUUGGCGACUUAUUCUUUGGAUAGUGAUGGAGAAAGAUAUAACCAAACCGCAAUCAUUAAUGCAUAUACGGGAUCACUGAAUGAAACAGCAUAUGAAGAAUAUGGUCCUGCCUAUCUAAGUGUAACAUUCGCUGUUGGAUAUUUUUAUUCUUUUAUAUCUUUUUCGGCAGCAAUUAGUCACGUUGCUUUAUUUUAUGGAGGUGAAAUCUGGGGAAGAUUUAAGGCUAGUCGAUCCGAAGAAGUUGAAGACAUUCAUUCGAUGAUAUUGUGUACUGUAUCAGGAUCACAUUUACCAUGGUAUGGAUUAUUAUUGGCUGUGGGACUUGCAUGUAUUAUGGUUUUGCCUAUAGGAAUAAUUCAAGCUAUAUCCAAUAAUCAAGUUGGUCUUAAUGUUGUAACGGAAAUGAUAUGCGGGUACAUUUUUCCGGGACGUCCAAUCGCUAAUGUUUAUUUUAAAUGUUAUGGAUAUAUGGCUAUGCAUCAAUGUUUAUCUUUUGUAUCUGACCUAAAGCUUGGACAUUAUAUGAAAAUUCCUCCCAAAGCCAUGUUUGUGUCACAAUUAUGGGGCACAAUAGUAGGUGCCUUUAUAAAUUAUUGGCUACUUCAAUUAAUUAUAGCCGCAAAAAGGCCAUUUUUGGAUGGGACCAUGGAAGAUCCAACUGGUCAAUGGACCGGUUAUCGUUCUCAAGUUUUCAAUACAGCCUCAAUAGUAUGGGGACUAAUUGGGCCUGGUAAAACUUUUGGCAAAGGAUCUAUAUAUCAUCCAUUAUUGUGGGGAUUUUUAAUAGGAUUUAUUGCACCUGUUCCCAUUUAUUUGUUACAUAAAAGAUACCCAAAGGCCAAAUUCCAUUUAAUUACGAUUCCUUUAAUUUGUAACGGUUUAGGACUUUUACCUGGUACUUAUACAAAUUUCAUAAUAUCUGGUUUUGUUGCAGCAUUCUUGAGCCAAUAUUGGGCUUUUAGAUAUCACCGUAAGUGGUGGAACAAAUAUAAUUAUGCGCUUUCUGCUGCAUUUGACAGUGCAGCGCAGAUAGUCACAAUGUUUAUUUUCUUCUUUUUCAACGUUAUGUUUAAGGCCGAUUUUCCUGAAUGGUAUGGGAAUAAUACUCAAUCACAAGGAGAAAGAUGUUUUCCAGACCCUCAUAAAAUGUAA